AUGUUAGCUUCACUCGCACUUGUCCUUCUUCCACUUCUCGGUUUGACUGCUGCUGCUCCCACCAAGAGAUACAAUGGUGUCCAAAUCGUCUCUGGUCGAGAUGGUAAAUGUCUUGGUGCAGCACCCAAAACCGGUUCUGGUUCAGCUGUAACCAGCGUCGCUUGUACCGGUACUAGCUAUGCCACUUUAUGGGAUAUCAACCCUGGAUCAGGAAGUGUAGUACUUCACGGUACAAACUUGGCUUUAGAUGCAGGUAGCACUCCAGGUAACAAUGGAGCUCUCAAGGUCUGGACUUCAUACCCCGGGUUAUAUCAGCAAACUUGGUACUUGACUGGUGAUAACAGAAUCGCUAUUACUGGCGGUAACCAAUGUCUUGAUGAAGGUACCAACGGAGUUCAAACUUAUCAAUGUACUCCCGGUAACACCAAUCAAGUAUUCACCAUUGGCGGUGGUGGACCCAGUCCAUCAAGCAGCGCUGUACCUUCCAGCUCUUCUUCUCCACCUCAAUGUACUUGCCCCACUUAA